CUUCUUGCCCGUACCACAGCGAUCAAGACUUGUGGCAACAGUAAUAUAGGCAUCAUUAAAAAAGGGCCCUGUGGAUACUACACUGCACCCAGUGCCUACUGCUACAAAACCAAUGUGUCUUUUACAGAUGUAUACGUGGUCUAUCCUCCAUUUGGGAACAGUACCAUGACAUACAGUGAAGCUAUGCAACGGUGUUUAUCCCUUGGUGAUAGCUUGGCAUCAAAGAAACAACUGAGUAGUACAUCCACACCCAUCCCUGACGGCAUACCUGCGUGGAGCAAAGACAAGGACGUGGUUCAGUUCUCCAGUGGAAAGCUGACAGUUACUCCAUGUGUCAACAAACCCAGCCAGCUUGCUUCAGCCUACUGCUUCAACCCAAAUAUCACAGACUUUAUUCCAGUAAUCAAGGAUGACAAAUUGUGGCUCAAGAUUGCCAUAGUUUGCAUUAUCUCCUCUAUAUUUAUCAUCUUACUCAUGGCUGUCACCUUCAUGAAAGGGAAUAAGUGCAUCUGCUGUGUCAAACGUAAAAAGCCAGCGGAAGACUCUACCCUAGAGAGAGGCCAAGGCUUUGACACAGUCAGAGGACUGCAUCGUGAUAGGAUUCCAUCAUACCAGAUCAGUGGCGCAAGAACCAAGCCACCUGUAUUGAGUAAGGCCUUAAACACUGGCUACAGCUCUCAUUACUCUAACCAUGGCUUUGAAUCCACACCCGAGGCCAGUAAGCAGAACUUUGCCAAAACUUAUGUGGACCAUGACCGUUAUGAGUACAGCAAUGCUGCCUUUGAUAAUACUUAUUAAGACAUCAAAUCUGACUUGACUCCGCGGUUAAGCAGUGAUGACUGACACAAAUCAGCGACCUCUGGAAUUGAAUGGACUUCCUCCCACUGUAUUUUUUUUUUAAUGUGU